AAGGAGCCAUAACCACUAACCAGCACCAGAGAUACAGUGGCCAUGGACCUGACAGUCUCCACUCAAUCAACCCUUCCGUUUGCCAUCCUUGGAUUCUUUCUCUUUCUCUAUGCUAUCUUCUCCGUAUCAAGAAGCCGCAGAAACAAAACUACGCAUAGAAAACCACCACCAGAAGCAGGCGGUGCAUGGCCUGUGUUUGGGCACCUCCACCUCUUAGGCGGGCCAGAGCCACCGCACAUAGCCUUAGGCAAGAUGGCCGACAAAUACGGACCAAUCUUCUCCCUAAGGCUCGGGGUUCACCCAACCUUGAUUGUGAGCAGCUGGGAGAUCGCCAAGGAAUGCUUCACCGUCAACGACCGAGCCUUCGCCGGCCGUCCCAAAAUCUUAGCCUUCGAAAUUUUGGGCUACAACUUUGGCAUGUUCGGCACCAGUCCCUACGGACCCUACUGGCGUCACAUUCGCAAGAUCGCCACCCUCGAGGUCCUCUCCAACCAUCGCCUGGAGAUGCUCAAACAUGUGCGAGAGUCCGAGGUUAAGUCGGCCAUGAAAGAUACGUACGACCGUUGGAUGGAGUCGAAGAAUAAUGAAGGCGGUGGGAAUUCGCAAUCAGUGUCUCUUUCAUGUGAGAUGAAGAAAUGGUUUGGGGAUAUAGCCUUCAGUGUUGUGCUUAGAAUGGUCGCGGGGAAACGCUUAGAUGAGACUGAAGAGAACAAAACGGCACGAAGAGCACUGAGGGAGUUCUUCAAACUGGCCGGAGAAUUCGCGAUAUCAGAUGUGUUGCCGUAUUUGAGGUGGCUGGAUUUGGGUGGCCAAGAGAAGGCCAUGAAGAAGACGGCCAAAGAGUUGGACCAAUUUAUUCAGUUUUGGUUGGAUGAACACAGACGCAAGAGGGACGCCGGUUCAGGGAAAGCCGAGCCUGAGCUCGGUGACUUCAUGGACGUGCUUCUUUCCAUAGUUGAUGAGGCUGAAAUGAUCGACGGCCACGAUGCUAAUACUAUCAUUAAAGCUACAAGCCUGGCCCUGAUUCUGGGCGCGACAGACACAACAACAGUGACACUAACUUGGGCUGUAUCUUUACUUCUGAACAAUUCUCAACUCCUAAAGAAGGCAGUACAUGAAUUAGACACGCAGGCUGGGAGAGAAAGAUUAGUAGUGGAUUCAGACCUCAAGAACCUGCCUUAUCUUCAAGCAAUCAUCAAGGAAACCAUGCGUCUGUACCCAGCCGCACCACUAAGUGUGGUGCACGAAUCUGUGCAAGAUUGUGCUGUGGCUGGCUAUCACGUACCCUCUGGCACGCGUCUUUUGACCAACCUUUCAAAACUCCAUCGAGACCCACGAGUAUUUGAAGAUCCACUGGAGUUUCGGCCAGAGAGAUUCCUCAGUACCCACAAGGAUUUAGGCUUAAGAGGCCAGAAUUUCGAGUUCAUUCCCUUUGGAGCUGGCAGAAGAAUUUGUCCUGGAAUCUCAUUUGCUCUCCUAAUGAUGCAACUCGCGCUUGCUAAUCUGUUGCAUGGCUUUGAUAUUGCAAGCCCUGAUAACCAACCGGUGGACAUGCGAGAACAAGUUGGGCUCACCAGCAUGAAAGCCUCACCACUUCAUGUGCUUCUUACCCCACGUCUCCCUCCUCAUCUCUAUGGAUAAAACCAGACAUUGAGGGAGGAUCAAGCAACAAUAAUAGCACCUGCAUAUUAACUGCAUAUAUCCGUAUAUUUGAGAUAUGCAGUAUUAAUAAACAAACACCUCUCUCGUAUAUUUCUCUCUCAACAUAUAACCAAACUAAUAUAUAAUGAAGGAUAUGUAGUCUAGAGAACCCAAGAGCAGAAUAAGUCAAUAG